CUGUGGUUUGAUAUCUCUUGUGUAACGGAACAUAACCUAUCAAACGUGUUCUGUGCUCGUGCUUUAUUGCUAAUGUUCGUUGGUGAAACUGUUUUGUCGAACAAUUUACACCAUAAUUUAGGACAAUUUCAAAAAAAUGACAGACUCCGUUAAUGAAGACUCGGUAACGGAACUGAACACCCAAUUGAACAAGUCGAUGGUAUUGAUGGAGAACGCCGAGCAUACGCCACCUCCAAACCACAAGCGUAAAUCUAUCACGAUAAAGACAGAGGAGCAGCCGUCCAAAAUGCGCAGCAGUCCUGUUAAAUCGCGCAAAAGCACCCUGAAGAAAUCUAACAAAUCGCUUGACAAAAACGUGGCGGACGAUGAGAUUAUGCAGACCUCAAACGACGACGCUAACAGAUCAAACGAGGUGACAUUUAAUGAAUUGUCCACCUCAGUUUUGUCUAGACCGCGCACUCUUAAAGAAAUAGUUGAAAAGGAGACAUUGAAUGAGGAAAAUGUAUCUUCCACAUUUAAUUUGGAAGAUGUAUCGGACAGUGAAGAAAUCUGGAUAAUGGACAUUCCUAGAUUAGUAGACCCACAAGAACUUCAUGGUCGAACUAUAGUUUUCGAGAACAAGUCAAAGUUCAAAAUUAAAAAUGAACGAUAUUGUAUAGUCCCUCAUAACACAAAUCACAAUGUCACAUGUGUUCUUAAUUCUCAGAAGGAUGCUCCACAGUACAAAACUGUAAAUAUCAAGCCAACUGGUUUCUUGUCAGUAAGAAGAAAAUUGUCUGAAGCGCCGGAAGUAAAGCCGGUAUCUACCGAGAGCCCUAGCGUACAGUUCCCUGAUAAUUUAAGAACAAGGGAUCCACUGUUCGGCGUUAUUCAUAAAUAUGAAAGGAGCUCAAAGAAACAUAACUCAGUCAAAACAAGCUGAGAAUUAUAAAUA